AUGAGGUUCUUAGUCGCCAUAUUAACGUCAAUCCUGCUUUCCCGCUCGGUCAUUGCAGCUCCUCCCGAUGGAUCUCAAAGUUCUCGUGCUAUAGUUCCACUUAUGAUUACUUCACUUGAUAGAGACAGUGCACAUGCUACUAAAAAAUACGCUCUAGCAAGAAAAUAUCAUAUGCAAGCAAAGAAAGCAUUCGAGAUGGCAUUAGCCGCAUACGAUGCUCAAAAGGCGCUUAUCACUACUCUGCAGGCAUCUGGAUAUCAGCAAUACCAUCUUAGAAACGAACAUUACAUUCUCUUGAAGCUUGGAUAUCAGGUUAACAAGUACAAGACUGAUAAUCAAAAAUCGUCUUCGGCACUGAGAUGGAAAGCAAAGGAGUUUGUGGAUUACUUUUUCAAGGGAAGACAAAAUUCCGACUCGAUUGGUCAUAACAUGAAACGACUUCAGGCAACAUAUGCCAUUCGGCAAUACAUCCGCCAAUUUUAUGAUGGUCCACUGGAAGCACAGGCAGAAUCUGGUCCUGGAUUUAGUGGACCCAAUAGAUCGUCACAACAACAGCAAGGUCCUAGCCAAUCCCAUGGAGGAGGUGGUAGAGGAAGAUCCCGCUCCCGCUCUCGAUCUCGAUCUCGCUCCCCCAGAAGAUUGUAUAAACCCAAUUACGCUUGA